GGUAAAGGUGGGAAUCUUACGUAUUAUAAACCGUCAGUUAUCAUUGAACUGGCGAACAGUUAGUACACUUUCAAAGAUGUCUCUCGACGAGCAAUUCAAAACUGCUGAGGAAGCUGUAAAAACUCUUACGAAACGUCCCACCGAUGAAGAACUUUUGGAACUUUAUGCUUUAUUUAAACAAGCUACGAUAGGUGAUUGUAAUACACAAAAACCAGGAAUGUUCGACCUAAAAGGAAAAGCAAAAUGGCAAUCUUGGAAUGACAAGAAAGGUCUUUCAAAGGAAGAUGCUAAAAAGGCAUACGUCGAAUGGGUCAACAAUUUGAUGGAAAAAUAUAAAUAAUUACAUUAAUUAUUAAAUGUAAUAAAUAAAAAAAAAUGAAUUUUAA